AUGGAGGACGCGGGGCGGCGCGGCGCCGCCGAGGGCUGCGGGCUCGUGGAGGUGCUGCUGAGCGGCGGCGCGCCCUGGGGCUUCACCCUCCGCGGCGGCCGCGAGCACGGCGAGCCGCUCAUCAUCACCAAGAUCGAAGACGGGAGCAAGGCUGCAGCUGUGGACAAGCUCCUGGCCGGGGACGAGAUCGUGGGCAUCAACGACGUGGGCCUCUCCGGCUUCCGACAAGAAGCCAUCUGCCUGGUGAAGGGCUCGCACAAGACGCUCAAGCUGGUGGUGAGAAGAAGAAGUGACCUGGCCUGCAGGCCUCACUCCUGGCAUGCAACCAAAUUUACAGAAAGUCAACCCGAAGCAGCCACGUCACACCUUGCUUCAACCAAUGCCUGCACCUCCUGGCACUCACGGUAUCAUGCCAGCUCUUCUUCUCAUGACCUGUCGAACUCAUGGGAUCAGUCAAGUCUGCAUCGCAAUUCUGACCAGUUCAGCUCUUUGGGAAGUAUGGACAGCUGGGACCACACUCCCCAAGGAGGCCAGUAUGGAAGACUUUCUUCCGCAAAGUCUAACAGCAGCAUUGAUCACCUAGGCAGCCAAAGCAAGCGUGAUUCAGCCUAUGGGUCUUUCUCCACAAGCUCAAGCACCCCUGACCACACUCUAUGCAGUGCAGACACCUCUUCAACAGAGAACGUGUUAUACAAAGUAGGCCACUGGGAGACUACAAAGCAUGGAAACAAGUCCGGCCAGUUUGGGAAUGAUAACAGUGGAAUAGAAGACAAACCAGGAUAUUUGCCAGCUCCCACCCAGUACGAGAACAGCAAAAGCCCUAGAAUAGAGGAACACCCUGAUAUGAAGCUCCCCAGCUCUGGAAGAUCUAAUUUUGGACCUGUCUGGUAUGUUCCUGAUAAGAAGAAGUCUUCAUCUCCUCCUCCCCCAGCUCCGCCUCUUCGUAGUGACAGCUUUGCUGCUACCAAGGGCCACGAGAAGGCCCACGCUCCCGUGCACCCAGAGGGUGCCAGCACGCAGCACUUUACUGCCCCGAGCCGAUCGCAGCCCAGGAGUGACUGGAACUCGGAAGCUGUGGAGCAGCAAAGGUGGCCGUCCAGAGCGUGCGACAGGAGGGUCAGUAACUCAAACUAUAAACCCGGUCUUAGCAUGGAGUAUGGUUUUUCUGCUGGUGAAAGGUACAACAGUAGCACAGGAGCCCUGAACAAACUGCAGUCGUCCUUGUCGAGCACCGACGUGCGGUUUGCGCAGCCCGCGUACAGUCACCAGCACCAGUACAGCGACGAGAGCGCUCUGCUCCACAGCGCCAGAACGUCGGCUUCGCCUAAAGAUCAGCAGCAUUCCCUCUGCUAUGGUGGCAUUCAGGAGCUGCCCGCCGAUGCCUUCCAUUGCUACAGUGCAAACCAAGGGAGGCCGCUCAACGCUCUCUCCUCUUGGCACGCUGCUGCCGAACAGAAGGUGGACAACACGGGACAGAGUCGCUAUUACUGCGUGACGGCCAAACAGCCUCCUCAGGGAAGUUCGAAGCCCCUUCACCUCAAGGAUGACAGCUGGAAACCCCUCGUGGGGGCUGAUGCAUCGCUUGGACCUCAUGAAAAUCCUGCAGUUGUCACGAUGGUCCAAAAACCAAAAUACUAUCUACCUCACCAAGCUGUUGAACCUUCUCUGGAAGGGUAUGAGAACAGUAGUCAUCACAUGGUGGACAUAGAGGCGGGUGUUAGGUCUACCGUGGUAGAAGAGGCUAAAAAAAGUAAUCAUGCUGAAAGGGCUGGACAAAAGAAGAACUUUGAGAACAGCUUUGAGGAAAGUGAACCCAGGUACAGCCCACAGGACUAUGUAAAAAGCUGUGUCCUUGGCACUGAGAACAGAGCUGCUCAAAAAGAAUUCAGGUGGGCAAAAGAUGAGAGUAGCAAAAUUUCUCCUCAGAAGACCCCAAUGUUGCACUCUUUGGCUCAGGAAGGGAAAAAACAGUCUGAGAACAGUCCAGAAAUUGCAACCGAGCGGCAGCCCCCAUUUGACACCCACUUGACUAAACAGGCACGAAGGAGCGAUCGUUUUGCGACAACCCUGAGAAAUGAGAUCCAAAUGAGAAGAGCAAAGCUGCAGAAGAGCAAAAGCACAGCUACCCUAAUAGGGUCGCCGGAAACAGAGGAGUACAAUGAGAACUGGAAGCCAGAUUCAGCAGAAAACGUAAACAGCUCCCCAGAUACUAACUUUACUAGCACCUACAAAGAUCACCUGAAGGAGGCCCAGGCCAGGGUUCUGCGGGCAACGUCCUUCAAGCGGCGGGACUUGGAGCCCAGCCCUGCSGAAUAUCUCCCCAGGUCACCAGAACGGAAAAGUGGCAAUUACAACUCCUCRUUAUUGGCUUUGGUUUCUGAAGAUGUGCCUGGGCUCCUGGAGGCCACGCAAGCGAAGCCGAGCUCGGCGGGGAGCGGCGCCCAGCACGUUCCUCGCAUCGGCGCCAGGAAAAGGUUCACAGCAGAGCAGAAGCUCAAGUCCUACUCGGAACCAGAGAAGAUGAACGAGGUCGGGAUGUCGGCGGAGGAAUGCCGGCCUCGCUGCUGCCCAAACACACCCGAAGAAGCCCUGGGGUCGUUUGCAGACAGGUGGAAAUUUUUUGAGGAAACCAGUAGGCCAGCGUAUAGAAAGCCUGCACAGAGACAAGCACCCCAUGGUGUACCAGAGGGGCAGCCUGAGAGGCCUGAUAGAAAAGCUGUCGGUGGAGCAGAGGGAGAGGACUCGUGGUAUGAGAGAAGGGGUCGGGCAGCUUCUGUUGGCCUCGAGGCCGCGCACGGCAGUAAGGCCUGUGACAGAGCAAGGAAGGCGGAACAGCCGCAGCGCCUGGGCACCUUUGCGGAGUAUCAGGCAUCGUGGAAAGAGCAGCGGAAACCCCUGGAGGCGAGAAGUUCAGGGAGGUACCACUCAGCAGAUAAUAUCCUUGAUGCAGGCCAUGAGCAGCAUGAGAAAGGCCAGUACACCCAUGAGAGGUCCCGAUCGUCCCCUUCUACCGAUUUCUACAAGCAGGAGGUCUCAGUUGAAGUGAGAAGGCAAGCAGAGGAUUUGAGAGAAGAUGGGGAGCAUAUUUUCUCUAAAAUUAACCAUCUGGAUGAAAGGAACUGUACAAUAAGGCAAACUGAUAAAGGGAUCCUGAGGGAAAACCCACAGGAGAAAAGGGAUCAGCUGGACCAGAAUUUAGGCAACAAGUGGAAGGUAUCUGUCAGAGCAUCGCAUGCAAGAGAGCCUACGGUUUCGUCUCACGAAAGCCGGGGGAGGUCUGGGACGCUGCCCAGUGACUACAGAUACUCUCAGGAGAACGUGAAUGAGAAAAGCAAGGACUGCAGUUUGCCUCCUCCCGCGUGCCCCGAGCCGCAGAGCUUGAGUGAGAACCAGCCCUGCCUGCCACAGGGCAGAGGGGAGGACAGUCACAGGGCAGAGCCGACGCUGCCGAGCAAGAGACGGGGACCGGCUCCUCAGAGGCCUCCUCCACCAAGAAGGGAUAAGUACAGGCGGCCGGACAGGGACAGGGACAGGGACGGCUCCGUGCCGUCGCUCGGCAGCUCUUCCGAGUCCUUGCUGGUAGCUCCCAGCCAGCCCCUUCCGUCCUCUUCCCCCAGCUCUGCCGAAGGGCCUUCCAGCCGCUCAUUGCUCCCGCAGAGCCCUGCGGCUCCCRAUGGAAAGCUAAAGCUGCGGGAGCUCCAGCAAGCGUCGUCCACGGAGAAUGUUGGCCAGCACUUAGAAGAGAAAACGCACCUUAAGUCAGAGCCUCUGUUAUCGUCCAAGUAUCGUUACCUUCCAAAACCAGAGAUGGAGACGUCGAGGUCCCCUUCGCCUCAGUUCGCGCCACAGAAGCUCACUGAUAAACCGCCUGUGUCUCUACAGGAUGAGAACCCUGCCAGAAUUGAGAAAGUUAUAGACAACAACACUACCGUGAAGAUGGUCCCCAUCAAGAUCGUUCAUUCCGAGAGCAGUGCGGAGAAGGAGAGUCGGCAAGGCCUCGUGAGCACCAUGGAGCCUCCAGCUUUGCCCAGUGGCUUAGAAAAGGACCAGAUUAAAACCCUCAGCACUUCGGAGCAAUCCUACUCACGAUUCUGUGCGUACACCAGGCAAGGUGCAGAGCCAGAGAGCAGAACCAAAGCAGCUGACCCGCAGCCGGCCGAAGAACCUGGGAGCGACGUGAAGGACAGCAGCGCUGCAGCCCCAGCUGCCAGCUACAUAAAGGCCAAAGAGAAGACUUUGGAAGACUGGAAAUCGGAGGAACUGGCCAGAGAGAUUGUGGGAAGGGAUAAAUCUCUGGCRGAUAUAUUAGAUCCUAACAUGAAAAUAAAAACGACGAUGGACCUGAUGGUCGGCAUCUUCCCCAAAGAUGAACACCUCUUAGAAGAAGCUCAGCAGCGCAGGAAGCUCCUGCCCAAAGUUCCUUCCCCGAAAAUUUCAGAAGAGAAGAAAGAGGAGCAGAACGUGCCAUCUGCUAUAUCCCUGACAACCAAUUCCACCUACUACAGCACAUCUGCGCCCAAGGCAGAGUUACUGAUUAAAAUGAAGGACAUGCAGGAGCAGCAGCAGCAGCAGCAGCAGAGUGAAGAUGAUUCUGAAGAUGAGCUGGAUCAUGACUUGUCAGAAAAGAAGCAAGAACUCAUUGACAGCAUCAGUAGGAAGCUGCAGGUGCUGAGGGAAGCACGAGAGACACUUCUGGAAGAUAUCCAAGCAAACAACAUCCUGGGGGAGGAGGUAGAGGCCAUUGUGAAAGAAGUUUGCAAACCAAACGAGUUCGACAAAUUCAAGAUGUUUAUCGGGGACCUGGACAAAGUGGUCAACCUGCUGCUGUCCCUGUCGGGUCGUCUGGCACGGGUGGAAAAUGCCCUCAAUAACUUGGAUGAAAAUACCUCUCCUGAAGAACGGCGGACCCUGGUGGAGAAGCAGAAGCUGCUGACACAACAGCAUGAAGAUGCAAAAGAACUGAAGGAAAACCUGGAUCGUCGGGAGCGCAUCGUCUUUGACAUUUUGGCCAAUUACCUGAGUGAGGAGAACUUGGCAGACUACGAGCACUUUGUGAAGAUGAAGUCGGCCCUCAUCAUUGAGCAGCGAGAGCUGGAGGACAAGAUCAAGCUGGGCGAGGAGCAGCUCAAGUGUCUGACCGACAGCCUCCAACCCGAGCGGCUCAAAUAGGGCACGGGCUUGGGGCAAGGACAUGGGAAAGGGGAAAGGAGAGAGAGGGGGGAGAUUCCCAAGUAUGCAGAUGAGUGUCUUGGCUUGUCUCCAUGGCUCAGUACAAGCGUAGAAGAGAAAAAUAGCUCACCACAGCAAUAAUGCUCUCUUUCAUUUUUGGGAUGACGUAUUUAAUUUUUUUAGAACCUGUUUUUAUUGCUGUAUUCCACAGCCAUUCCUCAUUGCUUCACUUACAGAAAGCUCCACAGGAGAGGCUUGACUCUUACCCUUUCUGCUCAGUCCACUGGGAGUCUGUGGCAGUGGUGCAUGCAAGCAGCAGUGUUUCUUAGAAUAAGAUAGGUGAUUUCUUUAUCCUCAGAUGUUGUAUAGACUGUUGGGAAACUCAACAGCAAAUUAUGAAUGCACACAAAUUAUUCAUAACCUCCACAGGUAGUAACCUUUUUUUUUUAAAAAAAAAAAGACACAUUAAAUAGGGGAACCGUGCAUCUUAUAACUAAUAUAUUCAGAUUGCUGAAAUGUAGUGUCACUCUGAUCCUGUGGCAUCAGACACUUUUUUUUGUAAUGUUGUAUAUAAGAUGGCACACCUUCCCCUUGCAGAAAAUAACUUUUAAAUCAGUCCCAGUUAAACAMUCUUUAAACUGACUUGCAAAUCACCUAAUGUCUACAGUGCUGAAGAUUUUAAAAACAAUAUAAGAGAAAGAGAGUGAGUUGUAGGUCUUCUUAUUGUAAUACAGUUUUUCUUACCAAGUUGUACUUGAUUUAAGAAACAGGCUGGAAGAACUGUGCUGGUUUCGUUCAAAACAUUUCUCAUCUAAGUUAUUUGGAAAAUGCAAUUGCUCUUUCUUGUGCUUGUUGUGUCUGUUUUAAUUCUCCCUCCAAAAAGAUGCUACAUUUUAUGAAAGUAAAUGUCAGGUAAGGACACUGCUUGUGCUUUACUUCUGAUCGCUUACAAUUAUGCUGGUUUUAUAUAGGUAGUUAAAUUAUUAUUGGGGUUGACCCACAUAACGCUGUCCCUUUCAUGUGCUUUCUGAGAGCACCAAAUGCAACGUGAGCAGCUUGGCCCKUGUAAAUACCACGCGUGACCCGGAGCAGGUCUGCCUUGCAGCUGUGGACGUCCGUGGGGUUUGAGGUUGUUUGGUUUUUAUCACGCAACAGUAAGUGGCAGGAUGCUCCUUCUCUGUGUCCGAGUGCUGAUGGUGCUCCAGUAAUACCGCCACCCAACAGGAGUGGUAAUUCCUGGCACCACUAAGAGGAGGUGCUAACACGUGGCCUAGCACAGUGGCACGUUAGGCUGGCUUGCUCUGAGAGCUACAGAGAAGUUCUGUAGUGUCCGAAUGUCAUCCUCGGUGUUAGGAUGAGCGGGGUGGUCAAAGGGARGUCUUGGAUGACUUUGUGUAUAGGGCGUUUACGUGGUAGGAAGGACCAUUUAUUUCUCCUUUCACUGACCAAACAGGUGGSCCAACGGGAAGCCGUUUUUGAGGCAGACGUGAGUGCCGCUCUGUAGCUAAACAUACUGAAAAUACAAGUAGUCAGAUGUUAAAAGGAGAGAGAGAGAGAAGAAUUCCUCAUGCCAUCCGUGUAAUGGCAGCUCUCACAGAGGGUUUUCUGCUCUUCUCGCCUGCCUCAUCUCCUCUGGGGGCAGGGAGGCCGAGGGGCCCUGCUCAGCGAGCCCCUUCGGCAAGCUGCGGCUCGCUCCAGACAUCCUCGGCAGCCAAUUGCACCCAGGUGCAAAAGUUAAAAGGAUGCUUCUCCCCUGCUAUAAUGCACUAAUUUGUAUCCGUGGACCAAAUCUGUGCUGAAAUUAUGCUGAUSUAGAGCAGCUGAAGUCAAGCGGAGCUGCCGUUUUGUGGGAGCUGCCGCYGACCUCAGUUUUUCCCUCCUGGUUCCCAAAUGUAGACAUCUGGCAUCUCACAACUAUUUGCUGCUAUGUUCCCAGUUCAAGUGAUCCCUUUUAUCCUUAGGCUCAUCCCUUAAGUGUAACAGACCCAAAACUAAGUAACUCCCAAAUAAAUUAUGCUUGUCUUUAGCUGAAAGAAAAAAGAGUGCAUUGUUUUAUCUGUGGCAUUUUUGAAAAUUUUACAUAUUGUGGUUAUUCUGAAAUGUGUAUGUGAAAUGUGAAUAAUAAUAUAAUUGCAAUGUGUUUGUAUACAGUGCUUUGAUUUAGAUCUUUCUGAUAAAAGAUAGCAAUAUUGCGAAUGCUAAAUAUAUAUAAAUAUAUUAUCCUUUUCACAGAACAGUUGCAUAGUCACCGUUUUCUCCUUCCCUUUUUUAAAACUGUGUUCAGAGCCUGUCAUCCUGGGAACCCGAAGAUGGCUGUCUCCCAAUGUUAUAUAUAAAUCUGUAAAUAGCUAUACUGUUGCUUUUGGAAAAAAUCUGGUGCUAAUGUUUUGCCUUUGGCAUCUUUGGGGAUGGCUGUCUCUCCACCUUACGUUGUUCUCGGUUUUCAGUCUCUUUGUAURGUCAAAUAUUUCCACUAUGUUUCCCCACUCGUUUGGAUUCUSCAGCCCAGAGUGAACAUGUGUACAG